AUGGUCUCCACUCGGCGGAGCACCGCAAAUGCAAAACGUUUAAUCGCUGGCACUAAGAAGCCCAAAGUCGCGAAACCAGCUAGCGACACUAUCCAUGUUAAAGAGCCUCGUAGAAAAAAGGCAAAGACCGCAGUAGAGAUCCCGAAAUCAUCCAGUAUUCCACUUUCAACGGUAUUCUCCAUCAGUGAUCAUGAUAUCGAUCACCCUUCACCGAUCACCCUUCACCCGUCGACAGCUACGACCACAAACACGGCCGAAACAAAGAAUCUCUCACCCAACCCUCCUCAUCAACCCCUCUCUUCUGCUUUGCGAAAACUAACCCCGAAGCCCUUUGCCAGCAUGAGCGGUAGCUGCCACGACCCGAUUGUUGUCAACGAGGGCUCGUCACCUCCCCGUCCAACAAUAUGUGAACCGAAACGGAAGAAUCGAGAUGAAAAAACAUCGGAGUCCCACAGGUUCAUAGGGAACAGGCGCAAGGAUUUAUACAGCCAUGGCGCUCGGAGGUCGGGAUUGACGAAUGCGCCUUUUAACAAAAGCACGCGAAACAACCACCAAAGUCACGACAUCUACCGGAGAAUGAAUACAAGGACGGUUUCUGCGCCACACUCCAACCUGAAUGCUUUUCCAGUACAUGGCCCAUUUGACGUUCCUUUCCUGAUGCAACAUGCUCUUCCAACGCAGACAUUCGCAUAUCAACAGAUCCGACCGAGCUUUCCAGUAUCCUACGCUCCGUACCAUCAGUUUCCACCUCCAAUGAUCCCGAACCUCGUGAUUACUCCUCAGAGCGAAGAAACCCUCCGCAGAAAAGUCGUCGAAUAUGUGCGAGACUUUCCCAAAACCAGUGUCCAGUCAAAUGUCAAUCCCCACCAUCUAAUCGAACACACGUUGCUCCUCACAUCUCUCCUCCAGAUAUACCCGCAUUCCAAAAACCAGCAAGGCUUGUGCGAAGACAUACGUACAAUGUUAGCACUACAAAGCCAUAACAUGACGGCAUGGCUGGGCUCCGAGUCUCAGAACAUGCCUAGGCAGAAGGAAAGCAGCAGUGGCAACAGCUAUAUCAACACACAGCCAAAACCCUUGCCGAGUGUCAGUUUGAACGAGGAGGAUAGAGAAGUGAGACGGGCUUUUUCUGCAAGUGCAGGAAUGUGGCAAGACGGCACUGAGAAUGGCGUCGCUGACGUUUUUGGCACUCGAUCCACCUCUUCCCCUGUUGCGAGUCCAAGGGCAAAACCCAACUAG